GAAGAAACUUUAAACGGAGCAAUGCAGGGUCUCUGAGAGCCUCUACGUCUCUCACACAAAUCACAGUAUCACACCAACACAUUCUUCUUCCGAUUUCAAUCCCGGCGGCUUCUCCCUCACGACGGCGCUAGGGUUUCGUUUCUGAACAAGCUCCGUGCUUCCGCAGAUUUGGAUAGACAAAAUCAAUGGCGUCGGUUUAUAUUCCGGUGCAGAAUUCCGAGGAGGAAGUUAGGGUUGCUCUCGAUCAGCUUCCUAGAGACGCUUCCGAUAUCCUCGAUAUUCUCAAGGCCGAGCAAGCCCCUCUCGAUCUCUGGCUCAUUAUCGCGAGAGAGUACUUCAAGCAAGGGAAGCUUGAACAGUUUAGGCAGAUAUUGGAGGAAGGAUCAAGUCCAGAGAUUGAUGAGUAUUAUGCGGAUGUUCGAUAUGAGAGGAUUGCGAUAUUGAAUGCGCUAGGGGCUUAUUACAGCUACCUUGGGAAGAUUGAGACGAAGCAGAGAGAAAAGGAGGAGCAUUUUAUAUUGGCGACUCAGUUUUAUAAUAAAGCGUCGAGAAUUGAUAUUCACGAGCCGUCUACAUGGGUUGGGAAAGGUCAGCUUUUACUGGCGAAGGGUGAAGUAGAUCAAGCAUUUAAUGCGUUCAAGAUUGUAUUAGAUGGAGACCAUGAUAAUGUCCCUUCCCUUUUGGGCCAGGCAUGCGUUGAGUUUAAUCGCGGGCAAUAUUCUGAUUCAUUGGAGCUGUACAAGAGAGCCCUGCAAGUGAAUCCCAAUUGUCCUGCGGCUGUGAGAAUUGGCAUCGGUCUCUGUCGUUACAAAAUGGGUCAAUUCGAAAAAGCUUGGCAGGCAUUUCAUCGGGUUUUAGAGGCAAAUCCAGAAAACGUUGAGGCUCUUGUUGCUCUUGCAAUUUUGGAUUUGCAUACCAAUGCAGCUGCUGGAAUAAGGAAAGGAAUGGAAAAAAUGCAGAGAGCUUUUGAGCUAUAUCCUUAUUGUGCAAUGGCCUUAAACUAUUUGGCAAACCAUUUUUUCUACACUGGUCAGCACUUUUUGGUUGAGCAAUUAACUGAGACUGCACUUGCUGUCACCAACCAUGGACCAACAAAGUCGCAUUCCUACUACAAUUUAGCACGAUCUUACCACAGCAAGGGGGACUAUGACAAAGCAGGAGUGUACUACAUGGCAUCUGUCAAGGAAAUCAGCAAACCCCAAGAAUUCAUAUUUCCUUAUUAUGGUUUAGGACAAGUACAACUGAAGAUGGGAGAUCUUAAAAGCUCACUAUCUAACUUUGAAAAGGUUUUGGAGAUUUAUCCAGAUAAUUGCGAGACUCUGAAAGUUCUUGGUCACAUCUAUAUCCAGCUUGGGCAGACAGGGAAGGCGUUGGAAUUUAUGAGGAAGGCUACAAAAAUUGACCCAAAUGAUGCCCAGGCAUUUCUUGAUCUGGGAGAAUUAUUGAUUUCAUCCGAUGCUGGAGCAGCUCAGGACUGCCUAAAAACUGCACGUAAUCUUUUGAAGAAGGAAGGUCAGGAGGUACCAAUCGAUGUUCUUAAUAAUCUUGGAGUUCUUCAUUUUGAAAAGGGAGACUUUGAGCUUGCUCAACAAACUUUCAGGGAGGCACUAGGUGAUGGAAUAUGGGUGGCCUUCAUCGAUGGUAAAGAAAAAGCUCCAUCAAUUGAUGCUGAUGCAUCUAUAUUUCAAUACAAGGACAUGCACAUAUUCCAUCAACUUGAGAAGGAAGGUCACUUAGUCGAAUUACCUUGGAAUAAAGUCACAGCACUGUUUAACCUUGCCAGACUACUAGAACAAUUACAUAACACUGAAACGGCAGUCAUAUUUUACCGUUUGAUUUUGUUCAAGUACCCAGACUAUGUGGAUGCUUAUCUGAGGCUUGCUGCCCUUGCAAAGGCUCGAAAUAGUUUUCAAGUUAGCAUUGAACUGGUUAAUGAUGCACUGAAGGUGAAUAACAAGUCCCCAAAUGCGUUGUUAAUGCUUGGUGACUUGGAAUUAAAAAAUGAUGACUGGGUUAAGGCAAAAGAGACCUUUCGGGCAGCUAGUGAAGCAACUGAGGGAAAGGAUUCCUUUGCCACUCUUUCUCUGGGAAACUGGAACUAUUUUGCAGCAAUUCGCAAUGAGAAAAGAAAUCCCAAGUUGGAAGCUACGCAUCUGGAAAAAUCGAAAGAACUCUACACUAAAGUCCUGGCCCAACAUUCUGCCAAUUUAUAUGCUGCCAAUGGUGCUGGAGUGGUAUUUGCAGAGAAGGGUCACUUUGAUGUUUCAAAAGACAUUUUUACUCAGGUUCAAGAAGCUGCCAGUGGGAACAUUUUUGUUCAGAUGCCUGAUGUAUGGAUAAAUUUGGCACAUGUUUAUUUCGCUCAAGGCAAUUUUCCGUUGGCUGUGAAAAUGUAUCAAAACUGUUUGAGGAAGUUCUUUAACAACACAGACUCUCAGAUCCUACUGUAUAUCGCUCGUACACAAUAUGAAGCGGAACAGUGGCAAGACUGCAAGAGAACUUUAAUGAGAGCCAUUCAUUUGGCACCUUCAAACUACACAUUGAGAUUUGAUGCAGGGGUUGUGAUGCAGAAGUUCUCAGCUUCAACCUUACAAAAGACAAAGAAAUCUGUGGAUGAGGUCCGCUCAACAGUUGCAGAGCUUGAAAAUGCUGUUCGCUUAUUUAAGCAACUGUCUGCUGGUUCCAGCCUUCAUUUUCAUGGUUUUGAUGAGAAAAAGAUUGACACUCAUGUUCAGUACUGCAGCCAAGUGCUUGACGCUGCAAGAGUUCAUUUAACAGCAGCUGAGGAUGAAGAGCGUAAAAUCCGGCAGAAACUGGAAGUUGCUCGUCAGUUACAAAUUGCUGAAGAAGCCCGUCGUAAGGCUGAUGAACAGAGGAAGUUCCAGUUAGAGAGGAGACUGCAAGAGGACGAACUAAAGCGAGUUAGACAACAGGACGAGCAUUUUGAGCGCGUAAAGGAGCAAUGGAAGAGUGGUACAUCUGGUUCUAAGCGAAGGCCUUCAGAUAUGGAUGAUGAGGAGGGUGGCCAUAGUGAAAAGAGAAGGAGAAAAGGUGGAAAGAAGAGAAAGAAGGACAAGUACUCAAGGACGCGUUAUGAAACGGAGGAAGCAGAAGCUGAGCAGUUGGACUAUCAGGAAGCACCGGAGGAUGAAGAUGGUAACACACACUACAGGGAGUCUGCAGGUCAUAUGAAUGAGCAGGAUGAUGAAGAGAAUGCUCAGAAUCCUCUUGAAGCAGCUUUUGGCAUUGAAGAUUCUGAUGUUGAGGACGAGGCUGCGCCUGCAGGUCGACGGAGGCGGGCAUGGUCAGAAUCCGAUGAUGAUGAGGAGCAACAAGAGAGGCAGCCGGAGUCCAGUCCUAGAAGAGAAAAUUCUGCAGAUGCUCAGAGUGAUGGAGAACGUGAUAAGCCAAAUGGGGAUCUUGAUGAUGAGGAAUAAUCUCUACCAUCUUGAGUAUGCUAGAUAAAGGAGUAAAUAUGUGCAAUUUUUAACAAUUUUUUCUUUAAAAGCAGAGGGCCUGGGGCAGUAGCCGAGGAUAUAACUACAUUAUUUUUAGUUGUUUGUGGCCCAUGUUUUCGUACUAGUAAAACUCAAUAAUAGAAACUUAAUUCCUUAUUAA